UUCAAAUCUCUGAAUGCCUUGCUAUUUUCAUGUGUAUGAAAUAUACCGUAAUUAAUUCAGUUUAAUUGAUUAUAAUAGUCACAUAAAAGGAUAAUUAAUUUGUUGACUUAGCCGAAUAUCGCACGUAUCUCUGUGAUACCAUCCGCUUUGUAACUGCGAUGUUUGUCUACGUAUACGGGUAAAAUUGGACGAGUGCAUCCAGAAGAUAUACCCAAGAACAUCAGACGUGUGUGGCAUGAAUGGAUUUCUACUUGAGAUACAUCAUGAAUGUCAAUAAUCCUUUAAAGACGAAAGGAAGAUGUUGUGAAUAAUAGAUAUAAACAUGUUUAUAUAAUAUAUCUAUGAUGAAUAACUGUGAAAUACUUUGUUCUGAACAGCGAUAUUUCUCCUCCUCACUGUCUGGAAUAUUCGAAUUAAACAUGGAUACAUUUACAAGGAAAUUUGUAACCUUCAGAUACUGAAGUCAAUAGAAACAUAUAUAUAAAAAGAAACACAAGAAAAAUAUAUAUUUAUUAUGGUGUUAUCAGAAACAUUAUAGAACAAUGAGUUAUGUGAGAAAGGAUGGCUUUUUUCCUGAAGAGAUGACAAAAGAAAAAGAAAAAUUAUAUCAAUGUGAUAUCUGCAAAACGUCUUUCUCUCAGAGAGGUAACCUAACUACUCAUCAAUGCAUUUCUACUCGAGAGAAACCAUAUCGCUGUGAUAUCUGUGGCGAGUCAUUCGCUGUAAAGGGUAACCUAACUAAACAUAAAUACUCUCAUGCAGGUGAGAAACCAUAUCAGUGUGAUACCUGUGGCAAAUCAUUCUCUCAAAAAGGAAAUUUAACUACACAUAAACGUAUUCAUACAGGUGAGAAACUAUAUCAAUGUGAUAUCUGUGGUAGAUCGUUCACUACUAAUGGUCCCUUGAUUGCUCACAAGCGUGUUCAUACUGGAGAAAAGCCUUAUCACUGUGAUAUUUGUGGUAAAACAUUCUCUCAGAAAAGUAAUUUGAUUCAACAUGAACGUGUUCACACAGGAGAGAAACUCCAUCAUUGUGAUAUAUGUAGCAAGUCAUUUGCAGGAAUUUGGGUCUUAAUAAAUCAUAAACGCAUUCACACAGGUGAAAAACCAUACUGUUGUGAUAUAUGUGGGGAGUCAUUCGCUGUAAAGGGUAAGUUAAUUAGACAUAAUUACUCUCAUACAGGUGAGAAACCAUAUGACUGUGAUAUCUGUGGUAAAUCAUUUUCUGUAACUGAUAACUUGAAAGCUCACAGACGUAUACAUACAGGUGAGAAGCCACAUCACUGUGAUAUCUGUGGUAAGUCAUUUACAGUGAAUAGUACUUUAAAAACUCAUAAACGCAUUCACACAGGAGAAAAACCAUACAGUUGUGAUAUAUGUGGUAAGUCAUUCGCUGUAAAGAGUAACUUAACUACACAUAGAUACUCUCAUACAGGUGAGAAACCAUACCACUGUGAUGUCUGUGGCGCAUCGUUCUCUGCUAGUGGUACCUUGAUUACUCACAAGAGCAUUCAUACUGGAGAAAAACCGUAUCACUGUGAUAUUUGUGGUAAAACAUUCUCUUAUAGGAAUAGUUUAAUUUAUCAUAAACGUCUUCAUACAGGGGAGGAACCAUACCAUUGCGAUAUCUGUGGUAAAUCGUUCCCUGGAAAAACUGAUUUAGCUAAACACAUACGUAUUCACACAGGUGAGAAACCAUAUCACUGUGAUACCUGUGAUAAGUCAUUCUCUGAAAAAUGCCACUUAACUUCUCACAAGCGUAUUCAUACAGGUGAGAGACCAUAUCACUGUGAUAUCUGUGGUAAGUCAUUUGCAGUAAAUAGUUCCUUAACAACUCAUAAAUACAAUCACACGGGGGAAGCACCAUAUCAUUGUGCUGUCUGCGGUAAAUCAUUCUCUAAGAGUUUACACUUGAAUACUCACAAACGCAUUCAUACAGGAGAGAAACCAUAUCAGUGUGAUAUCUGUCGUAAAUCAUUCACUGCUAGUGGUACCCUGAUAGCUCACAAGCGUAUUCAUACAGGAGAAAAACCCUAUCUCUGUAAUAUUUGUGGUAAAACAUUCAUUCAGAUGAAUAGUUUAAUUCAUCAUCAACGCAUUCAUACAGGAGAGGAGCCAUACCAUUGUGAUAUCUGUGGUAAAUCAUUCUCUGGAAAAAGUAAUUUAGCUAAACACAAACGUAUUCACUCAGGUGAGAAACCAUAUCAUUGUGAUAACUGUGGUAAGUCUUUCUCUGAAAAUAGUCACUUAACUACUCACAAGCGUAUUCAUACAGGAGAAAAACCAUAUCACUGUAAUAUUUGUGGUAAAACAUUCUCUCAGAUAAAUAGUUUAAAUUAUCAUGAACGUCUUCAUACAGGAGAGGAACAAUACCAUUGUGAUAUCUGUGGUAAAUCAUUCUUCAGAAGUAGUCUCUUGACUAAGCACAAAUGCAUUCAUGCAGGAUAGGAGCCAUUCACUGUGAUACCUGUGGUAAAUCAUUCUCUGAAAAAGAUAACUACUCGCAAACAUAUUCAUACAAGUGAGAAACCACAUAACUGUGAUAUCUGUGGUAAGUGAUUCGCUCUGAAUGGUACUUUGACUAAACACGAGCUCAUUCAUGUAGGACAGCAAACGUCAUUGUGACAUCAUCAUCUUCAACAUUUAACCUGUUUUCCAUUGCAGGCAUGGGUUGUAUGCCUUAGCAGGACAAGGCUAGGGGUCACACCAGACUCUGUAGUGUUUCCUAAUGCUAGCCACUCCACAGAUUAUAAUGGGUGCUUUUAACAUGGCCCCAUCACCAGUAACUAAACACAAACUCAUUCAUAAAGGAGAGGAAACAUCAUUGUGACAUUAUCAUUUUCAUCAUCAACAUUUAACCCCUGUUUUCAAUGGGUUGUAUGGCUUGGCAGGAACUGACGAGGCUAGGGGCUGCACCAGGUUCCAUAGUCUGUUUUUGGCUUGGUUUCUAUGGCUGGAUAACUUUCCUAAUGCCGACCACUGCACAGAGUGUACUGGGUGAUUCAGACACAGCCCCAUCACGAGUGCUUUUUACAUAACACCUUGGUAUCAGGAUCUCAAUUCCAUUGUGGUGGGCAGGUCUUCUCCAGUACAGCAAUGCACCACAUAUCUCAGUCGUCUGUCAUCUCCUUUGUAAGGUUCAAGAUUUUGAGAUCAGCCUUCAAUACUUCAUCUAUCUGUGGUAAAUCAUUCUCCCAAGGAAAUCACUUAACCAGGCAUAUAAAUAUCCAUACAGUAAAAUAUCACUAGUUGUGUGAAAUCUCCAUUUUGUAUUGUGUGUUGGACCUGUCUGUCUAAAAACAUUAUCUCAAUCUUUAGUCAUUUCAGCUGCGAGAUUGACAUUUUUCAAUUCUGACAUGAUCACAUUUUGUGAAUAUUUUUAAUAACUUGAAAGAGGAAUAAAGUUGUUUUACUCACUAA